AUGCUUCCAAGUAGAGGGCUGCGGCCUGCCCAAAUCGCGCCCUUGGCCUCACGACAAUCAGCAGCGCUCCGGUCGACUGCUGCAAGGAAGUUCUCAUCGCUCCCCCGCACGGCUGGCCUCGCGGCAUCGUCAUGUCGAACAAGCCCGGUUCAGGCUGCACAGUGGAGGGCGGGCGCCGCCCGCUCUCACAAUGCUGUGCUGGGCGCUUCAUCUGUUCGCUAUGCUUCAUGGUAUGCGCCGUGGAGCUGGGGAAGUUCUAGCAAAGCCGCCGACGCCACUUCCGCGCUGCCCUCCAACCAAGUCCCCAUUGCCGAAUUCUCACACCGUCCCGCCUCCGAGUUUGCGCAGCAUGCAGAGCCCGCCGUCACCACUGCUACGCCCGAAAUCGCCCCGGCUACAAUCGACAAGGCUGCUGCUGUGGACGGGGCAUCCGUCCCAGCCGAUGCUGCUGCGGAGACGGCCUCUACCAUGGGCGAAGCGAAGACGCUUGAUGAGUUGUUUGGCAGUGAACCGGUCAAGGACACACUCCCCAUUGCCGAAAUCGAUCCCACUCGCCUGAUUGACCACGCGGGACAACUGAAGGAGCUCGGCUUGGACUAUGGCUGGGGCAUGACUUCGCUUUUUGAAAACUGCAUCGAGACAAUCUACCUGCAGUCGGGCUGGGGCUGGGCUGGAUCCAUCAUGGCUGCGGGUGUCGUGGUGCGUUGCGCGACCUUUUUCCUCCAGGCUCUUAGCUCCGACAAGAUGGCAGCCAUGUCGGCUUUGGCGCCUAUAACCAAGCCCCUACAGGAAAAGAUGGAGGCUGCUAUUGCGCGGGGCGACAAGCAGCAGGUAGAUCUAUACAGGAUGCAACAAGCAGAGGUUAUGAGGCCCUAUGUAGGAGGCAUAGCUUCUAUGGGUGGCUUCAUGGUCAUGCAGGGUUGGAUUGGAUUUUCUGCUUUCAGGUUCCUGAGAGCUAUGGGUGAGCUGCCGGUGCCUGGCAUGGAGCACGAUGGUUUCUUGUGGUUCACCGACUUGACUACCCGUGAUCCAUACUUUAUCUUACCGGUUGCCACGUCUGCUAUCAUGUACACAGUAUUCAAGACUGGAGGUGAGACUGGAGUCCAAAAUGACGUUGGUCAAAUGGCCCAGCGCCAAAAACUUUUCACUGGUCUCGCGAUUUUCCUUGGUGCAGUUACGGCCUUCCAAGCUGCAGCUCUGCAGCUCUACUUUUUGAUGUCUGGUGUUUUGGGCGGUUUCACGGGCUGGCUGCUGCGCCAAAACGGCUUCAGACGCAUGAUUGGUAUCCGCAUCAUCCCCAGCAAACAGAGCAACGAGCUCUACACCAAGGUCACCAAGGGACAAUUGAAGUUGAGCGAUAUCAAGGGGCCCGACGGUAAAAUCCGCUACCAGCCACCUACUCCGAUCCGCAAAGCCCCCGGCGCGCACCGCCACAUUUCCGGCAUCAACAUCAAGCCCGGAGUCAGCAUUCCUGCGCAUCUCCAGCGCGAGGCGCCCAAGAUUGACCGCAGCCGACCUGACCGCGACGUUGACUUUGACGAGGGCGCUGCAGGCAAGCCGCUGAUGGACAAGCUGGACUAUUACAGGCGAAACUACAGACUUAGCUACAUGUGGCGCCGGGGCACCGACAGCAUGGAGCAGUGGGCGAGGAAGAUGGGAUACGCGGGCAAGAAGGUGACGCCUGAAGAGGCCAAGCGAAAGAGGAAGGCCGAAGACUAUGAGAUUGAGCGCCGACGCCGGUUUGAGAACCGGCAGUGAAUUUGAGUUGAGCGUGUGUCGAUGUGUGUGUGUGGGGCGGGGGGUUGUAUGUAUGAUACGACUGAAGUUUUAGUCCUGUGUGGGUCGCAGCGCAGGGGGAGUGACAAAACAGGCAUGAGGGGGGUAGGGUUGGGAACCUUGGCCUAUUUGUAGUAUAGCGGUCUCAUCAUGUACAGAUAUUCAAACGCC